CUGUGAUGGGGACAGGGGAGGGCAGCGAGAUGAGAGAGACUGGGUAUACUGGGAGGGACUGGGACAGACUGGGAGGCUGUGAUUUGAUGGAAGUGAUGGACCGCAAAGAGCUGAUGCCAUGGCUUCUCCUCCUCCUCCGCCCCCCGCGCCCCCCUUUUCACCACCGCUCUCCCCUGUUUCCACUGAAGUGGAGCCACUAGACCUUCCGGACACAAACGGAGUGGAUCCGGUUUCUCCACAUCACUGGCGCCGCUGCUGCUCCCUCGGUGCCGGUAGAUCCUGCCAGAGGGAGGAAGGUGAGGAUGAAGGAGCUUCCCUGUGCCACCCGGUACCAGCAGAGCUGCGCCCAUGCCGGCGGAAGCACCGAUUGGGUCUCAAACCAGAGUCAAACCGGAUUCCCAUGGGGGAGAGCGGCGAUGAGCCGGGACCGUCGCGAGGGAAGAGGCUACGGUUGGUUUGGGGUCGGAACUUUGGUGUGAGGGAGGCGGUGGCAGCACCGCGGGGCGGUGAGGAGGAGGAGGAGAGAAGGUCCGGCUCCUGCGAGGAGGAGGAAGAAGAGAGAAGGUCCGGGUCCUGCGAGGAGGAGGAGGAGGACAGAAGGUCCAGAUCCUGCUCUCCUGUCCUGCCCCUUCCUGAUGAUCCCCACCCCAAACCAGACUUCGUGCAGCUCAUUGACGAGCGUGGCAUCUACUCCACGGCCAAACUGGUGCUGGGUGGAGCAGCGGGUGACUUGGAGGAGGUGACGGUGGGGCUUCCAGGCCACUCCAAGCGUGGGACGAGCGGUGUGGGUGACCUGGAGAUCCGGGAGGUCAUCGUGGAUGAGAAACCCUUCCAGUGCGGCGUCUGCGAGAAGGCCUUCAAGAGAGCUUGGGAGCUCUUCAGCCAUGAGGUGGUGCACAAUGAGGAGCGUCCUUUCCGCUGUGACCUCUGCCAGGCAUCCUUCAAGCGCCACUCGGACUUCAAAAGCCACCGCUUGGUCCACACCGAGGAGAGACCUUUCCGUUGCGAGCUGUGCGGCAAACGCUUUAAGAGGUCCUCCAACCUCCAAGAGCAUCGACGUAUCCAUAGUGGAGAACGUCCUUUCCGUUGUCCUCGCUGCGCCAAGAGUUUCAAGACGCCGUACGAGCUGCAGCGCCACGCGCUCACCCACUGCUCUGAGAAGCCCUUCAAAUGCGCCGACUGUGGCAAGGACUUCCCCACCUCCAACGCUCUCCUGCUCCACCAACGUCAACAUUGCGAUGACAAACCCCACGUCUGUGGGGUCUGUGGCAAGAAGUUCACCUACGGCCACAGCCUGAAGGUCCACGAGCGUGUCCACACAGGUGACCGCCCCUUCGUCUGCCCGCUCUGUGGCAAAGGCUUCAAGCAGUCCAACGCGCUCUCCUCACAUGAACGUGUCCACACGGGUGAGCGUCCGUUCGUCUGCAAGACCUGCGGGAAGGCCUUCAAGCAAUCAUCCUACCUGGUCAUCCACGAGCGGGCGCACACGGGUGAGCGACCCUACAAGUGCGAGGCGUGCGGGAAGGCUUUUGCCCGCCCUUCUUUGCUUCUCCAACAUCACCGCGUCCACAGCCAGGAACGUCCCUACAAGUGCAGCUUCUGCCACAAGUUCUUCAAGGACUUGGCCUACCUGGCUGUGCACGAGAAGGUCCACACGGGUGAAACCCCCUACAAGUGCAGCGUCUGCGAGAAGGGCUUCGCCCACCCUUCCAAUCUUCUGCAACACCAACGCGUGCACCGCGAUGGGUGAGCUCCCGGCGCAAUGAGCACAGCCGUGGUGGCCACCAAGGUGCCAUCGCCAACCACAGACGAGCUCCUGGGGAACCCUGGGCCACCUCAGGCUCUUCCAGAUGUGGUCCCUGGACGUGAGCUGUGAGGUUGGGACUUGAUCUUGGGGUUGAGUCAUGGCCCUGAAGGUUCUCUGGAGCCCCGUUGGUGGUGGACACAUCUCAGAAGGUUCCCCUUCCAUCCCCAAAAGUCUGCAGCGAUCUGGAGUCCCAGCCACAUUGAAUUAGAGGACAGUUAUUUAAUGAUGGUUCUGCCUCAUCACCUCUUCCAGUGUGUGGCUGGGGCUUGGUGUGACCUUUCCAUGCUUGAUGGUCUCCUUGCCAUGCCGGACCUUCUCCCAGCGUGGUGAGAGGUCACCAGGCGUGGAGAGAGCGGCCACAUCCCAUAUGUGGAGUGGAUCUCACUCAGCACGGCCAAAUGGAUGAGCCAGCAAGCUUGGAGAUGGGUUCUGGGCUGGUGGGCUCUUCUCUGAGGAGCACUGAAGGCCUCCUGUCUAUGUUGGCCUCCUCCCCCCGUAGCUUCCCAGCGUCCUCCCAUUUCAACCGCUGAGAUGACGCUACGGCAGCUCAGGCUCUUCCAGAUGCUGUUCCUGGCCAUGAGCCAUGAGGUUGAGAUGUGACCUUGGGUUUGAGCCAGGCGCUGAAGGUCCUCUGGAGACCAGCUGGUGGUGGCCACAUCUCCGUAGGUUCCUCCCACUCCCAGGAAGCUGCAGCGCUGCUGAACCCCAGUCCCUUUGAACCUGGACCUGUGCCGUGUCCUUCUCCACCCACGUGGGUGAUCCCAGCAGGACCUUCCCUGCGCGCCAUCGUGUCCGGCAGCUCCACGUGGUGGCCGGUGGCACACUGGGCAACAAGGAGCCCCUUGUCCUUAGCCUCCUGCAGGACUGAGCCACCCAGACCAUCCCAGAUUCCCAUUCCCAGGGAUCCCAGUGAGCAUGGGGGGCGUUGGGACACGCUGGUCCCCACUGGAGGGGUUGGACCUGCCUGGAGGUGGGGCAGGAGCCACCACCACGCACUGCUCGGGUUGGAGGUCCCAUCUAGAUCUCCUGCUGCUGCUCGUUGACCUCAUUGAUCACCUCCCAUCCCGUCCACCCCCGGGGGAGCAGAAGCAAGGGAGAGGCACCCAGUGGAGUCCUUCUCCACCACCUAUUAGGAUGUUCCAGGCAAGAACCUGGUUGGUGCGUGGCCAAAGAAGACCAAGGAGCCUUCUCCAUCCCUCCUCCUCCUCCUCGUGCUGCCUGGACCGAGCCCUGCGCAGCCACCGGAGCCUGGAUUUAUCCCCUCCCUUGGCUCAUGGGUGGAAGAGGACACGUGGACCUUGUCCUCACCUGUGCAGGUGCUCCUGCAGUGGCCUCCUGGAGCUCCUGUCCCCCCUUUCCCUGAGGUCUCUGUAGUGGUGGGAAUGGGGUGGGGUGGGAUGCGGG